CCCCACCCUCCGUAAAUGGGAGGAGCUUAUAAUAAUCUUUGGGCCCGCCCAUUAGCACAUGGCGAUAUGAUAGUAGCCUCACGUCUACAUCUUUCGAAAAGGUAUCUGUGUUGUAUUUUAACUUUAUUUGAGAUAUUUAGAUAUGUAUGCACGACGUGUGCUUUACUACAAAGACAAACUGAACCACCCGAGGCUGAACCACAGAUCCCCCUAGUACCAAAGAAAAGAGACCCCAAUGCAGUACUAAAGGCACUAGCGUCCACUGUAACACCACUUAAACAACCUUUUAUAUUGGGACGAACUCCAGCUGAUCCUUUGGCUCCCUCUAGUAGGAAACAGUUGGUGGAGUUCAUCAUGGCAAGAGAGGCUGGGAAAAUGGCGGCAAUGGAUAUUAUUAAUUCUAAUCCAAAAGUUUUUGAUGCUUAUAAACCUUUUCCGGAUUUAAUGACUGGAGGGAAGAGUGAGACUAAAACAGGACAAGACAAAUUAAAAGUCUUAAUCAAGAAGAAUGACGUGAGAGCUCUUGAUGUAUACAACUCUUUGAAAAAAGGAGGUGAAAGCAUUGACCUAGAAACAGAGAACUCAUUGCUAGCAUUAUUGGCAUAUAAUGGACAGGGGAAUACAAUUAUUGAAGGAGGAGACAGUCCCUCAGAGGAGAAUAUGGUAACGGUAGAGAAUGAAGGAGCAGCUGAAAGUGAUCCUAUGAGAAGAAAAAAAAAGAGCACCUUUCCUUCUGUGCCUCGUAGUGUUUGGAGUGUUGAUAAUAGUGCUACCAAGUUCUUUAACGAGAUGAAGCAGAAAGAUGGGGGCUCCUAUGGUGCUAUGAUACAGGGCCUUGUGAAGUUUAAGGAUUUUGGGAAAGCACUAAGUAUGUAUAAUGAAGCAAGAGAGAAAGCACUACAAAUGGGUGUGUCUACCUAUAACGAUGUACUGCAAUGUAUUAUAAGUGACUGGGACAUAGAAGAUCACUGGGGAAAAACUGAAUCUGUACUGUCUGAGAUGUCAAAUGGCCCAAGUCCUGUCCAGCCAAAUAUCACAACAUGUAAUCUGUUAUUAAAGGUGGCUAGUAAAACAGGAGGCAGCUCUAGGUCUCUUUCCAUGGAGAUAAUGAGAGAGUUGUUUCACCUUGGACUUAAGCCCACCCUUACAACAUUAUUACAGCUUUUGAAGAACUUUGUGGCAAGAAAUGAUUGCACUGUUUUACCCGACAUAACGGAAUAUAUUGAAAAUAAUCAAGACAUAUUGGAUAUUCAGGAUCCAGUGGACAUGCAAUUCUUUACUGCAGCAAUGAGUGCUGCCAGGAUGUUGCGUGAUGCUGAUGUUGCCAUUAGACUAAAGAACCUUGCCAAUAGAGACCACUGGUUUCUUGUAGACCAUCCACCAUUUUUCUUUAACAACUAUUUUGCCACGAUUGCAUCCUGCUCUCGGUUGUCUUUAUUGAAAGAUGAGUUUGACGCCAUAGUACCAUCAAUAUACAUCCCACAGAGCUGGCUCUACACUAUCAUCUUUAAACAUUGUCAAAUGUUUAAUGCUCCUGACGUAGGCCUGUUUUUUUGGAAAAAUUUAAUGAAAUGUAAAAUUAGAUUUAAUGAUCCAAUGGUAUUGGUAAGGGCUGUUGGUGCUUUCUCCAUGAACACUGACCCAGAGCAAUGUAGUGAGUAUCUAGAGGCAAUUGAUCAAGUGUGGAAGAAGCUAAUGUUUUUGCAGGAACCUCCAAGUCAGUUUAUGAUCACUGUAACGAUUAAACUUCACCUCUUGUGUGGAGGAAUAUCAGAAGCAUGGAAGCAUUUUGAAACGUUUGAAAAAUAUAAGAUCACCCCAUCAUAUCUUGCGCUGUCUGGUCUUUUAAAUGCUCAUGCUGAAGCUUCAGAUACACCACAAACUUUGAAACUGCUGGACAUGCUCAUUGAAUAUGGAUACUUCUUACCACCUAAUGUUAUGCAAAAUAUAUUUGCAAAGGUGGAUAUAUCUAUUGAAAAUAAGUCGAGGAUCAUGAGGUCUUUCAAGCAAAAUGCUUCCCAAAUGAAGCAGGAGUAUCAAUCAAACACAGAGCUAGAGGCUCAUGAUGAUACUAAAGGUGAAGAUAACAAGAAAAGUGAACCAACGACAAAUGAAAUAGUAUAGAUUAAUAACUCGUAAAAAUAAUGACUACAUUUUCUUGUCCUAUAGUAAUUUGAAUUAUUUAUUCAUGUAGAUCCAUAGAUCUAAUUAUAUUCCAAUAAUGCCUCUUCCUGCCCUCUGAGGCUGAGCUGUA